UUUCACACAUUCCAUCCCAACUCUCUGUCAUUCUUCUUCGCAUACCCUAUUCCCUUUCGGUUCGUCUGGUUUGUUCGGAGUACUUGUUUGCGGGAUUCCAGAGCGUCGACCCUUGUUUGUAUCCACUUAAACAGCUUUGAGUCUACUUGUUCAACGAUAUAACGUCUCGGUGUCGUUCGCUGCAUUAUCUACUCAUCAUACCGUCAAGAUGUCGACCUUCUUCUACAGCCACCAGCACCAGCACCAGCACCAGCACCCUCAUCACGGCUCUACCGCCCACAUGACGACCUCGAACAACCAUCACGGCGGUCGCUCUCGUCGAGGACCCAAAAUGACUGCGCAGAAUACCCAGCGCCAAUUCCGCGGUGUCAAGAGUAUGAGGGAGCUUGCCGAGGCCCCUGCUGUGACUGCUUUCCGUGCACGAUUCGAGGCUGGACGCUCUUUCGACCUGGACGAUGACCUGGAAUUCUGCCCCGGGCUACUUACAGAAGAUGAUCUGCACUCGAUCCACUCCGCAUCCUCGGAUCGCUCCUCACUCUCCAGUGGCUCUCCUGAUUCGUCUCCUCUUCAGCAUCAGAUUCAGCCCGUGCAGCAAGUUACGCCUGCUAUUUCGUUGUCUCCUGCGUCUACGAAUGCCUAUGUUCACUCAGGGGUUACCGGUAAUCUCAAUCACGUGAACUACCAACAGCCAUCUGCCGUUCGCACCCGCAAAGUCAUCCCGAUCGUCAACCCCAACACCGGCAUGACCUUGACGAGCCCGCCUACGUCAAUCUCGCCUGCCUCGAUGCAGAAUACUCAUCGUCGGUGGUAAGAACCAUAUGUUGACAUGUCGCCAGUCCACUGGCAAUCGGGCCUACUUUCGCCCAUGGCACGUUCUUCUUCGUUCGUCCGGCUUCUGCAUUGUCGGGCUCCCUAACCGCGGGUCAUAAUUCUUUCUUGCUUGUUUCUGUUCGAUACGGCCAUCGCAUUCACGAUCAAACCCAAAUUCCCCCUUCUUCGCUUGACGAUUGCAAAA